AUGCCGNUCGAGCACGACAACGUCCACGUUGUUGCUGUCAACGACCCCUUCAUUGAGCCCGAGUACGCUUACGACUCUGUCCACGGCCAGUUCAAGGGUACCAUCGAGGUCUCCGGCAAGGACUUGAUCGUCAACGGCAAGAAGGUCACCUUCUACACCGAGAGAGACCCCGCCAACAUCCCCUGGGCUGAGACCGGCGCCUACUACGUCGUCGAGUCCACCGGUGUCUUCACCACCACCGAGAAGGCCUCCGCCCACUUGAAGGGUGGCGCCAAGAAGGUCGUCAUCUCUGCUCCCUCGGCUGAUGCCCCCAUGUUCGUCAUGGGUGUCAACGAGAAGAGCUACAAGUCCGACAUCCAGGUCCUGUCCAACGCCUCUUGCACCACCAACUGCCUUGCUCCCCUCGCCAAGGUCAUCAACGACAAGUUCGGUAUCGUUGAGGGUCUCAUGACCACCAUCCACUCCUACACCGCCACCCAGAAGACCGUCGACGGUCCCUCCGGCAAGGACUGGCGCGGUGGCCGUGCUGCUGCCCAGAACAUCAUCCCCAGCAGCACCGGUGCCGCCAAGGCUGUCGGUAAGGUCAUCCCCGAGCUUAACGGCAAGCUCACCGGUAUGUCCAUGCGUGUCCCCACCGCCAACGUCUCCGUUGUCGACCUUACCGCCCGCCUCGAGAAGGGCGCUUCCUACGAGACCAUCAAGAAGGCCAUCAAGGACGCCUCCGAGGGUGAGCUUAAGGGCAUUCUCGGCUACACCGAGGACGAGAUCGUCUCCUCCGACAUGUGCGGUGCCAACGAGUCCUCCAUCUUCGAUGCCAAGGCCGGUAUCUCGCUCAACGACAACUUCGUCAAGCUUGUUUCCUGGUNNGUAAACGACAACGAGUGGGGUUACUCCCGCCGUGUCCUCGACCUCCUGGCCUACAUCGCCAAGGUCGACGGCAACGCAUAA